UUUUUAGGUCAGAUUUCUCUUCGAGUGAAAUAAACACGCGAUUCAAUUAGAAGUAGUUCGCGUUACAUUCGUGUAAAGAACUCACAGUUUAUUAUGUUACGACAGAAAAGAGACCAUGGUGUGAUUCUGACGCUGGAAAAUAAGUGUCCGUUCAUAACACAUCGACUACAUUUCCCAUAAUCCUCUCCACGCCCUCGUCCUGACUUCAGGAGAAACCGCUGAGAAGCAGGUCGUUGUUAUAAUCAUCGCUAUCAGAGCCGCCGUUGUUAAACUCCACGAUAUCAGCGUCAACCCAUGUAGCAACUUUAAUCUAAAAUUAAACAUUUCGAACGUUUAAAGUGUCAGAAUGGAGGUGGUUGAGUCUUUAGUCGCGGACAGCAUCGAGGUGGAAAAUUCAAACACCAAAGUUUCACCGCUGGACACCGAAAAGUCGAAAACUGAGUUCGUGUGGACGUUACAGGCCACGUGGCACUUGGUCCGUGUUCGUCUGGAGAUGGAGCCGGAGUUCGAUCAGCCGGUGUGUAAGAAGAAGAGACUGUGGGAGGGUGUGGCCGAGCGAGUGACGGCGAGGCUGAGAGCCGAGGGCUACGCGGACGUCCCGGCCCGAGCCUUCGAGUGCGACCUGAAGUGGAGGAACAUGUUGGCGACGUACAGGAAGAACGCAGAACGCGCUAAGCGCCUCGGAGCUCACGGCGUGCACUGGGAGUUCUUCAGGGCCAUGCACGAGGUUCUCGGCCGCAGCUACGAGGAGAUCGAGGCUCAGCGCAAAGCCAAGCUGAGCAACACCAAGCUGGGGAAAGCCAUGGCGAGUAAACACUACACACCCAUCCUGCCCACACCCACCCUCACAACCCCCUCCCCCAGCCACGCCCCUUCUCCCGCAACCGCCAGGCCUCCCCAGGACGUUCUGCAGCUGUAUCUGGAGCUCCAGGAGCGCAAGCUGAACAUGUGGGCUCAGCAGAAAGCGCUGGAGGAGAGGAAGAUCGAAGCCAUCAACAACCUGGCGCGUGCCAUCAGCAGCCUGGCGCAGGACGCAGUGGCCACGCCCAAAAACGCCGCCAUCUCAGACUCACUCGCUUCCCUUUCCUCCCAGCAUUAAAGACUCGGUUUAUUUGUUCUGUACUCAUGCUUUAGAUCCUCAUCUCCAGUAUUUUACUUCCUGAUUCAGCUGCUCAGGUGUGUGUGUGUGUGUGUGUGUGAGAGUGUGUGUGAGAGAGAGACACCUCAAAGAAAUAUCAGGAAGAAAUAUCAGCUUGGGUAUUAUUUCAGGAACGUUCUAAAAUCUGAUUGACUUCCCUUUCACCUGUGUGUUUAUUUAACUUUUUUUUUUUUUUUAAAUAAAAUGUCAUGCUCUUGG